GUUCGGGUAAACAGAUGUACACAAGACCCACAAUGCCUUUCUUCUUCCUUCAGAAACCCAACUCGCCAUGGGAAAGGAUAUAAAUCAUAAACACGACCGGAAAGUCGUCAGGCGGGCCCCAAAGUCUCAGGAUAUUUACCUGAGGCUUUUGGUGAAGCUGUAUCGCUUUUUGGCUCGCCGAACAGAUGCUAAGUUCAACAAGAUUAUUUUGAAGCGUCUCUUCAUGUCCAAAAUUCACAGGCCCCAGUUGUCAUUGGCUCGCCUCGUCGGUCAUGCUAAGAGGCCCCGCCGUGAAGGGCGAAUCUUUGUUGUUGUGGGAACUAUCACCGAUGAUCUUCGACUGUUCACAGUUCCCAAGCUGACUGUAUGUGCUUUGCGUGUGACUGCCAGAGCUCGUGCCAGAAUUGAGAAGGCUGGUGGAGAAAUUAUCACUUUUGAUGUAUUGGCCCGUCGUGCUCCCUUAGGCAAGAACACUGUCCUCCUCCAAGGUCGCCGUAAGGCUAGAGAAGCCGUCAAGCACUUCGGUCGUGCUCCAGGUUUGCCUCACAGUCACGCUAAGCCAUACGUCCGCAGCAAGGGCAGGAAGUUUGAAAGGGCCCGUGGUAGAAGGUCAAGCUGUGGGUACAAAAAGUAAUUUUGUUAAGAAGCUUAAUAAAAGUCGAAGUAA